GGGCGGGGCGGAGCGGGGCACGGCGGGAGGGAGCGGCGAGUCCCGCCCGGCCUCCCCCGCCCUGCCACGGGCCAUCCCGGCUGCCCGCACCGGCAGCGGCCGUGGGGCGGGAGCUGCCGGCGUCGCCCGGGAGCGGCAGCCCCGCGGUGCGGGAUGAAAGCCACCGACUGGUGCCGGAGCUCGGCGGGGGCCGCGCUGGUGCUGGCCACGUCCAGCGAUGCCGAGCACCCCGCCGAGAGCGUGGCGGACGGAAGUUCCAAAACGUUUUGGACGACGACAGGCAUGUUCCCGCAGGAACUGAUUAUUGGCUUUCCCAAAUGUGUAAAAAUCAGCAAAGUGGCCAUCCAGUGUUAUUUGGUGCGGACCUUAAGGAUUGAAAGAAGCACAUCUAAAGACCCUGUGGGUUUUGAACAGUGUGUUGAAAAAGAUUUGCAGCACAGAGAAGGACAGCUCCAAAUGGAAGAAUUUCCACUUCCUGAGUUCCAAGCCACUUACUUGCGUUUCAUCAUCAAAUCUGCCUUUGAUCAUUUUGUGUCAGUGCACCAGGUGAUGGCAGAGGGCACAGCAGAGAACACUUGAGCCCAGCUUAAAUUUGGGCCUCCUCUUUAUUUUUUUAUAAGGAAGUUACAUUUUGAUAGCUGCACUGCAGAGAAUGUUUAUUAUUAGAGCCUUGUAUUAAAGUGGUUUUUGAAGGUA